AUGAAGCUCACGCUCGUACAGAUCACCACGCUGGCGCUCAUGCUGCUGGCCGGCCAGGAGACGAUGGCCGCCCCGACCAAGAAGCAGCGCCUCGUCGAGCCUAAACGCCUGCGCAACGACCUCAAGGUCAAGGACCUCCGCCGCGGCGCGCAGAAGCUCCAGGACAUUGCGUACGCCACCAAGGAGCGCAACCGCGUCUUUGGCUCGCCCGGCCACCAGGCCACCGUCGACUACAUCGCCGGCGAGCUGCGCAGCCUCGGCGGCUACUACGACGUCUCGCUGCAGCCCUUCACGGCCACCUACGCCGAGCACAGCGCCGAGGUGUCGAUCGACGGCGAAAAGAUCCCCAAGCCGUCGACCUUCACCUACUCGCCCAACGGCGAGUUCAACGACACGCCCGUCGUCCUCGUCAACAACCUCGGAUGCGAACAGGCCGACUUCCCCGCCGCCGUCGAGGGCAAGGUGGCGCUCGUCAAGCGCGGCACGUGCCCCUUUGCCACCAAGGUGUCGCGCGCCGGCACGGCCAAGGCGGCGGCCAUCCUCAUCUACAACAACGCCCCCGGCGACGUCUCGGGCACGCUCGGCAGCGCCACCCCGGGCCCCGAGGGCCCCUACGUGCCCGUCGCCGGUCUGUCGCAGGCCGAGGGCGAGAAGGUCGUCGCCGACCUCGCCGCGGGCAAGCAGGUGCUGGCCGACGUCAAGCUCGACGGCAUCGUCGAGGACCGCACCACCUACAACGUCAUCGCCGAGACCAAGGGCGGCAACAAGGACCAGGUCAUCAUGUUUGGCUCGCACUCGGACAGCGUCGUCGCCGGCCCCGGCAUCAACGACAACGGCAGCGGCUCGAUUGCGCUGCUGACCAUCGCCAAGAACCUGGCCAAGUACAGCGUCAACAACGCCGUCCGCUUUGGCUGGUGGAGCGCCGAGGAGUACGGCCUGCUGGGCUCCGAGCACUACGUGGCGCAGCUGACGCAGGCGCAGAAGGACCAGAUCCGCCUCUACCUCAACUUUGACAUGAUUGCCUCGCCCAACUACGCCCUCGGCGUCCACGACGGCGACGGCAGCAAGUUUGGCCAGUCGGGCCCCGCCGGCUCGGCCGAGGCCGAGCACAACUUUGCGGCCUACUUCAAGGACAUUGCCAAGAAGCCCAUCAUCGAGUCCGAGUUCAGCGGCCGCUCCGACUACGGGCCCUUCCUCGACGCCGGCAUCGCCGCCGGCGGCCUCGACACGGGCGCCGAGGGCCUCAAGACCGACGAGGAGGCCAAGCUGUUUGGCGGCGAGGCCGGCGUGGCGUACGACGUCAACUACCACCAGGCCGGCGACGACAUCAACAACCUCGCCAUGGACGCGUUCGAGAUCAAUUCCAAGGCCAUCUCGCACGCCGUCGCCACCUACGCCCUGUCGUUUGACUCGCUGGGACCCAAGACGAAGCGCGUCGAGAAGCGCGCACAGGGCCCCGAGGCGUCGUCCAAGCACAGCAACCACCGCUGCGGCGGCGACCUCGCCGCCAUCUGA